AACUUUCACAAACUAAUGACGAUCUAUUAAAGGUUUAAUUUGAUGACAAACGGCUGGUCUUUAUGGAGCCUAUCGAAGAAGGUGUACCGAAGUCGGGGCGGGCGCCCGUCUCCAAAGUGUAUUAGCAUGCAAGCAGCGCCGCGGUCCACCUACUUACCAUGAGCAAUGCGGAACGCACUGGGGUCACUUGAAGAAUUUAAUUGUGUUCCAUUAUCAUAUUUAGGUUCUUUUACGGUAAGUCAAAAGUGAAAACUGAAUGGGAGUCGUCGCCGUUUGUCAUUCGUCACUCGCGAUCGAUGGAGACAACUUCUUUCGAACGGUAGCUCGAGGAUUAACAGAGAAAGCAGUCGUUCGAAUUAGUUUGACGAUAUUAUGUUUAAGUGCGUGUGCUGCCGCGAUCGUAGGGCCCGUCGCUAACGUUACGAUUAAAUCUACGAAGACGGAUACUUACCUAGACGCCUACUCGAAGUCUCGCGUCGAAGCGGAAAAAUCUAAACAAGGCGUUAUCAUAAUAACCGCUAAGGACGGCGAGAAGAAGAUUUCAAAUCGCGACGACAGCUAUCAAUCGGUGUACGAUUACUCUCCGCCGUAUUCCAGCGGCGACAACAACGGUUUCAGUUCGUCGGGUUCGAGUUAUCCUGAUUCUACUACAUCGAAUAGCUACUUACCUCCUUCCAGUUAUGGACCUCCCGUUAAAUUCGAGUCGGACAUCACGUAUAAUGCACCUCCGAAUACAUACGGUCCACCCGCAUCGAGCUACGGGCCGCCAGCUUCAAGUUAUGGGCCACCAUCUUCGAGUUACGGGCCGCCGUCAUCGAGCUACGGUCCUCCGGCACAAUCUUACGGUCCCCCCGCUUCGUCUUACGGACCACCAUCUCACUCCUACGGUCCUCCGGUUCACAAGCCCCCUCCUCCGAUUUACGGGCCACCUCUGAAGCCUUCAUACGGUGUACCAUACACAGCACCUGGUCUCAGUUUCUUUGAUAAAUUAUCAUUGAAAUUGGAUAUACUGACGAUAGCUAAGCUGAUGCUGAAAUUCCUUAUAUUCAAGAAGAUCGUGACAAUGAUCGCUGUUGUGUGCAUGCUACUCGUUAUACCGAAGCUAAUCUCUUUUAAAAAAGAUGACGGUGGUAACGGCAACGCCAAUGAUGAAGAAGAUCGUCAGUUUGGACACAGUAGAGUGGUAGAGUUGACAUCGGCGCAGCAGUUAUUGGAGCGCGCGCUCGCAGUGUACUCUCGCCCGCCAUCUUGCGGCGUCACGUGCCGCGUGCGCAGAGUCAUCGACGACAUAUACGAAUUCCAACCGUAUUACAGAGCGAACACGUCUGAAUCCUAGAAGCAAGUAAACGCAUUUAGUGCCAUUCAAUAUAAAUGUACAAAAAUGUUAAUUUAUUAAAUUUAUUUAUUUGUAUUUAUUG